AUGGGGAAGUCCGUGUCGGUGGUCGUACCCAAGAAGGGCAAGAAACGUAUGGUCCAGAAGCGUCCUGCAGCCAGGAAGACCAAGCUUUGGAAGCAGAUCCCCUAUGUGCGUGACAAGCUUGCCCUGCCUAGCCGUGGCCAGCGAAAGGACCAGAUCAAGUGGAAGCGCACCCUUCCUGAGCUCUUGAAGGCUACAGGCACAGAUAUCAUUCGCAUCUUGAGGGCAGACAAGCUCUUGAUCAAAUGGGAAGGCAAACGUUGCCCGUUCUGUUGCAAUGGCUUCCUCUCCAAGCUCCAGCCCUACUACGACGGAUCUCUCAAGCAUAGGUGCAGCUAUCGGAACUGCCACAAGCGUAUGAACCCACAUCACCUUCAUCCUCUCUUCACUGAAGGCACCGGUUCAUCACAGAAGUCCUUGCAGGAACAAGCGGCCAUGCUGCUCCUUAAACUCCACAAUGUCAAGCAGUCCAGCAUUCACAUGCUCCUCGGGGUGAACCACAAAGCGGUCGAGGACGUGGAGCGGAAGCUAUGCAGACUUCGCAAGGAGUAUGUGGAGGCAAAGGGGAAGGAGAUUGUUUUUGGCGAUGGUAAAGGCUGGCAGGAUGUCGAGGCAGACGAAGCUACCUUUGACAAGCGGGAGAGGUUCCAGGUCAAUCAGCACACGAAGGCCGGCAGCAGUCUCUUGAGAGCCAAGCUCCGAUCCGCACAAUAUGAAUACUGGCAUCGAGGUAGCGACCUUUGGUUGGAGUGUGGGAAUCUUUGCACCCAUCAUAUGACCAAAGUUUUGAAAGCCUAG